AUGGCGGCGUCGUCUCGGGCAUCGAACGCCAGCUGGGACCCAAUCCUCCUCAUAUCUCAGAUUGUUUCAUUGCAAACUCUCCAUUAUUUGACUCUCUCCGUCCUCAUACCCCCAUUAUUGUCCAUAUUCGCGGAGACCGGCGCACUCGUCUUCGAAGGAGGGGCAACAAACGUCGGGAUGAUCAUAGAUUGGCGAGAAAUGGCUGGCCGUCCAACGGUACGAGGAAUGCAGGGCGAAGAUAGGUGGAACACUUACUAUGGCGCCUGGAGCGGUGGUAAACAACUCGGUUCCGGGUGGGAGGAAGGCAGGUGGGACGGAUGGACUGACCCUAUGCGAGGUUGGGUAAUAGCGUUCUCAUGGAUGAUCGCAUCCUUUGCAGACAUAUACUACUUAUGUGUUCUCGUUCGACGACCGCGCCUAAUUUUGGAUUUCGCGCUAACUCUCGCCUUCAGCCACCUCGUACUCACGACUUAUUACUCGGCUUCGAUACCCACCUCUCUGUUCUUCUGGCUCGUCAUCUUCGCAUGGUCAGCAACAACAGUAAUAAUUGCGGAGCAACUCUGUGUGAAGAGAGAGAUGGCCGAAGGACUAAUUAUUUCUCCUCCGAGGGACGAAGUUGAUGACGUGGAGAUGGGAGAAUUACUUCGUAGAGAUUGA